CCCUCCACAUUUUGCCCUCCAAACGUCUCUAUAAGCGCGCUCCUUCUUCUUCUCUCUCUCUCUCUCUCUAAGUUCUAAGUUCUGAGUUCUCAGUUUCCCCCUUUUGGGUUUUGCUUCUUCUGCUCAGAUCCACUCCCUUCUUUCUUUCUUUCUUUAAUUUAAUUUCACUUUCUUCCCAAUAAGCUUACCCACAUUCCGCAUUUUGUUUAUUAAUGGACUCUCUCCCGGAUGCUAUUGUCCAGUACAUCUUGUCGCAUAUGAGCAAUGCUCGGGACGUGGCGGUCUGCAACUGUGUAUCCAAGCGUUGGAAAGACUCAACGCCUUACAUUAGAAGCCUGUACUUCCCUCGCAAUUCCUUCGACAAUCAUUCGGGCGGGGUGAGUCCCGAUGCCGUCAUCUGGAAGAUACUUUCAUCCAUAGUUCACCUGGAGGAGCUUGUUGUUUAUAGCCCAUUUUCGGGUGCUGGUCUUUCUUCGUGGCUGUCUACUGUAGGCCCCUCGCUCCGGCGUCUUGAGCUACGGAUGGAUAAUCUAGUUGAUCUUCAGGCUUGUCAAGAGAGCCCUUCCAAGUUGGAAUGCAUAAAAUGUGCGGCAAAUUUGGAGUCACUUAAGUUGUGGGGUGUCUUAAUGACCCAUUCACCUAAGUGGGAUGUGUUUCAUAAGUUAAAAAAUCUUGAGAUUGUUGGAGCCAAGUUAGAGGACCCUGCAUUGAACACUGCUCUUCGUGAAUGUCCUAAUUUGUCCAAGUUAUUGCUUCUUGCCUGUGAAGGUCUUACUUCAGUUUCCAUUGAUCUGAAGUAUUUGGAAGAGUGUAAGCUGGACUUCUAUGGCUUGGGGAACUGCUCGCUUAUGAUCAAUUCCCCUAAAAUUCAACUCCUUGAGGUUCAAGGCUGUAGUUGGAUUAGAGCCCAUGGGACAAGUUCCUUGAGAAGUCUUUCAAUUGCCAAUAAUGCAGGAAGAGUCUACAUGGUGAGUUUCGAUAAGCUUGUUUCGCUCGAGUCUCUGUCCUUAAGAGGAGUUCAAUGGUGUUGGGAUGCAAUAAGCAAAAUGCUCGAAUGGGGGAGCCAGGUGAAGCAUCUUUACAUGAAGGUGGAGUUCACUGGGGACUUUGAUGCACUUGAACCUUUCCCAGAGAUCGACUUUGUUGAGUUUUUCAACAACCAUCCGAAGUUGCAAAAGUUUGACAUUCAUGGAGCCAUGUUUGCUGCACUUUGCCAGAAGAACAGCCUUCAAAAUGUGGAUCCAGAUUUUGUAAUCUCAUGUUUGGAGGAAGUAUCGGUCUUGGUUCGAUCGCCUUUGAAUGCCGAACAAAAGAUGAGUACUCUUGAGUCGUUGAUAAAGUAUGGCAAGAAUUUGAGGACAAUGGUAAUAAAGAUUCUUAAGAUGAAGAGCAGUCAUAGCAGUGCAGAUGAUUUCUUUGAUGAGAUUUGCAAGUUUAGAUACUUGAACCGCAAGAUCGUUCGCAUUGAAUAAAAGUACAAGUGAGGCACUUUUUCCCUCAUUUGUGAUUGAUUCUAGUUGAUCAUUUUCCUUUUAAUUAUCUGAUUACAGAUUGACCUGCUGAAAUGAUUAACUUGGUAUGGUCAUUCUUUUACGAAUGAAAUCAUAACUAAUUGCUCGUUUCCCACAUUCUUCGUUAUACCAUACAAUGAGAGAUGCUCGAGCAAAUUGUUGGUGUUGAUAUGAGCCUAGCUUAAUUGGUCAAGUAACCUUUUUUUAUAGAUCAUAGGUUCGAAUCUUUGUCUCCAUUGGAAUUGUAAUUUUUUCUUUUUAAAAAAGAAACUGAUGUUGUACUGAGGAAGUGUAGUUUCUAUGUUGGAUAUCAUAAUUCCUUACAUUGAAUUCAUGGUUGAAGUAUUUUCUCUCA